AGUGUAAUAAUGCAUUAAUAUAAUAUAUAAAAUGUCUACUGAAACGAGUUUAAAUAACAACAACACCACCACUACCAACAGCUAUGAUAGCUCCAAAGUUGAAGUUAUCGUUUUAUCGAAAUGCGAUAAGACGCUUAAAAAUAAUAUCGAUGCCAAAGAUGAAACUAUGCGUAAGCGUACUUCACUCAUAAUUGUGCCACAGACUGCGGAUAUAAUCGAACAACACCAGGAGCAUGACAACGAUAACAAUAUGAGCAGUUCAACUAUCGAUAAUGAUUGUGUUGAUGAUAAUUUGGUUAAGAUUAAAAUUAAUGCCUCAACCAUUUUAAAAAGUGACAAAGGGAAAUCGCUUGAUUCUUCAAUUUGUUCUAACAAUUCAUCACUUUGUACAGAUGAGGAGGAAGAUUUGAAGAAAGACUACAAUCAACACAUUAAUAAUAUAAAAAACGAUAAUAAAAGUAAUCGAAAUUCGAUUGCAAGUGUUGAUAGUUGUGUAUCACGUUCAAGUGAUGGUAGCACAACUGAAGCAAGUUCUUCUGGUGAUGAUGUUGUCAUUGAAGAUUAUCAUGAUCUUGAAAAUGGUAAUAUAACUGAUGAUAUCGAUGAAACUGAUCGUAAGAAUUGUAUAUCGAAUUCAUCAUCAUGUAUUGAUGAUUAUUCUUUACGUGAAAAAUUACAAAAUUAUGUUAAUGAAACUAUGGAUAAAAGUGGCAACACCACUAGUUCGGAUGUUGAUGAUGUCGAAAUUGUUGUAGAAGACGAUCCUGAUGGUGAACAGUUAACAAGUUUGCCUACUUCUGAUACGCUAUUAAGUCCACAAGAAGUACCAAUGGGGCGUCGCUAUGCAGAAGUGGCACAAUUUAAGCCAAAUAAAUGGUCUUCUGUUGAUUCCAGUACACAAAACUUAACAACACAAACACAAAAUCAAUUAAAAUCCACAACUACAACAACAACCACAACAGUUAAUUCCAAUACCAACAAUAAUACAAAUGGCAGCUCCAAUAACAACAACAACAAUAAUAGCAUUAACAAUCGUCGUCUACCAUUUUGUGGUUUAGAUUCCAUUAAAGGAAGUGACAAUAAUGGUGAUGUCGGCGGUACUACAAAUUUAAGUUUUGAUUUAAAUUUGCAAAGUAACGAAACUGUUGGUAUCGGAGGAGGCAAUGGCUGCGGUGUUCUUAAUGUAGGCGUUGGUGCAUCAGGUGUCAACAUAGACACCACAUCUGAGCAAUUUCACUCGUUGGAUGCCAACGAUAGCAGCUGCUGCGAUGAUGGGCAGUUCGAGGAUGAUAUGCAAGCUUUAUUACCAAAAUGCAAACGACUCUCAAGGGAUGAACUAAGUCAGUCGCGUACAUCCCUUGUUUCCAGUUCGGAUGGUGGCAUUUUGGCUGAAGGCGAAACUUCAAGCGAAACAUCCCGUGGCAGCGAAAACAGUCCACCAUGUGAUUUAGGACUUGUAGAGCGUUUAUUAUUGACACAUCCGGUAUGGUUUCUACCCGGCAUACAACGUUCUGGUGCAGUGCAUUUUUUGCAAGGCAAAGAGGAAGGGAACUUUAUAGUGCGUGGUUCGAGCCAACCAAAUACAAUGGCCGUUUCAGUGCGUCUACCACCAGACACUGGACCUUACAUCGAACACUAUCUAAUACAAUCAAAUGAUGGCAUUUUAAGUUUAGAGAGUUCACGUUUUAAGUUUGAUUCAAUUCCUGCAUUAAUUGCACACUAUGCCCAGUGCUGCGAUGAACUUCCAGUUCAGCUUGUACUGCCACGUGCAUUACGUGAGGCCAAAAAUCGUCAACAAUUAUCGUCACUUGCUUUGUUGGGACAAGAAUUUUGGCGUUAUCCCAUGUCAUGCCCAAAACCAACCGAAACAGAGGCUAUUCUACUCGAUGCGAAAUCACCAAAUUCCUUAACUGAAACUAGCGGUCUGGGUGCAACUGUAUUCAGCAACUCAGCAGGCUCAAACUGCGUGCAGCAAACCGCAAAAGUCUUCAGUCCAACAAAUAAUGUAAAUGGUCUAUUCAGUCAAGCUGGCACACCUUCGGAUACAACAUCGAGCAUGAGUUCUUUCACUACAUCUGGUGGUCAACAUAUGCAACUUAUGAGUCCUGAAUCAGUAGACUCGGUAAUUUUAACCAUGUCACCGGUGGAUGUUAGUAACCAGCGUAAUGGUUUGCUUAGCAUGAGUAAUGGUACUGAAAUACCCAAUAGCGCCAAUAAUCUAAGUACGUUUAAAUCAAAUGGUACCACUCAAAUACCAUAUAAGCCGAAUAAAAAUCACAUAGAGAGUGGCAUAAGACCACAACGACCCAAACCGCCAAAUACUUUAAAUCUAGAUUUACGCAAACCACCAGCGCCACCUUUACGUUGGUCCAAACCCAUCUCGCCAAAUAGUCCAUUGCCACCGGAUCACAACAUAAAUGCAGCUAAUAACUUUACAGUUACAACUACAGUUACAUUUUCCGUAGACAAUAAGAAUUCACCACAACUGGUAGAGGUGACAACACCAGCUACACAACAUAAUCCACUCACAAGCGCGCUCAAUUCGAGCAACACUUUCCAAACGUUUGCCAAACGUCUUUCACCUGAAGGGGAGUGCAAAGACACACUCUCUUCGCAAGGCUCUUCAAGCGGCAGUCGUUGGCAGUCACAAAGUAGCAAAGAUUCAAAUAAUAGUCAACGUAAGAUUUUGUCUCCAUGCUCAGCCGGUACGCCAACAAGCGCACAUGGUGGUGGUAAGUCACGUAAAUCAAAAGCGCGUAAAGAAUCAAAACAUUACCAGGAAUCAGAUAUACUGGAAAGCCCACAAAUCUAUUGUCGCAGCACUUUGGUUGAUAAAAUAAGCGAUUAUGAAGAUCUUUGGUCGCAAGAACCAACUGAUCGUGUUAGCUUACUGACCAGCUUCAAACCGCCGGACGGUGUGCAAGGAAAACGACCAGAUUUACUCGCUGAAACACCGACAAUUACUUCACUUAACUCCAACAUACUGUCACCUGCUAAUUGUACCAUUUCCUCUACUAGUCCGCCACAUGCCAACGAAAAUACCGCUACACACACUGCCGAAGUAACUUCUGAUACACAACAAUUGUUGCAAUUCACAACAGAAGCUCAGCCACGUACACGAGCCGCACUUAACUUGCCAGUUAUCAUGAGUCAGUCACUUGCUGAUGAUCAACUCAAAACGGAUACCACAGAAGGUGAAAGCACACCUACUGCUCAGAUGCCAGCAUCACGCAGUAAACAAGGUAGUCCAUUCUAUGCAGAGCCAGCAGAUGCUUUACGACAGGCUGGCCUAGCCACAGCUAGCAUAUUACGCCGUUCUCAGCGUGGACCGCUCUUGCCAGCCAAUCAUAGACAUUCAGAACCACCCAAAGGAGGUUUAGCACGUACGCCAAUGUGCCCACUUUUGGUACCAGCGGAAAUCGAGAAAAUUGCUGGUAGUUUGGAUGAACUGAAGAAGAAGCAAACCCAGCAACAACAAGCACAACCGCAGCAACAACCAACGAAACGCGCACGUGGUCGUUUUGAACAGUGGCAAUUGGAUAGCAGUUGGGAGUUUAUGGGCAAGAAAGAUGAUGAAGAUGAUGAAAAUGGUGGCAACUAUGGUGACUAUGAUUCUGAGGAACAAUGGAAGCAACCACUAACACAAUCGAACCAGGAAAAAGAAAAUUCACUUGGUCGUGAAGCCAACAAGGAAAACAAACAGAAACCUAUUACUGUUCAUCAAAUUAUAGCAAAACGUUUUCCAGAUUUUAACUUACCAGAAUUAAUACGUUGCUCUACACCACAGCAGCAACAACAACAGUCAGGACAACAGACGCAACAACAAAAUGGCGUUAAACACAUGAGCGAACUGAAUGGUAGUCAAAAAUCAUUUGAUAGCCAAAACAGUUGUCGACUCUCGUCCUAUGAUAAUGUCGAGCGUAAUUUUUCAUAUUGUCAGUCGUAUUUUAAUGGCAUUGACGACUCGGCACAAUCUGAUGAUGGCACUGUAUUUUCAGAACCAUGGGACUCAUCAUUAGUAUAUGUCUAUGAAGAUAAUACACUUAAUUCGGACACAAUUCAUUUGUCAAAAUGUCGUCCUGUCGUUUCUGAAGAUGACACCAUCAUUGAAGAGCUUAGUACCAAAGAAUUAAAUCAAGAUACCUUGAAAGCCCGAAAAGGAAAUAGGCAAAAAGUAGCUACGAUAUUACGACAUCCCAGCAUCAGAGAUCGAGAAGUACUUUGUAAGUUAUAA